GUAUCCAAAAUUAUGUAUUCAUUUAAAUUAUUGAAUAUUACAGAUUGUGGUUUCCUUGUGUGGAUUCAUAUUCAGAGCCAUGUACAUGGAAAAUGGAGUUCACUGUUGAUUCUUCAAUGGUGGCUGUUUCAUGUGGAGAUCUUGUAGAAACUGUUUUUACAUCAGAUAUGAGGAAAAAGACGUAUCAUUAUUAUCUUUCUGUUCCAACUUGUGCUCCAAAUAUUGGAUUAGCUGUUGGACCAUUUGAAAUAUUGGUUGAUCCCUACAUGCAUGAAGUUACACAUUUUUGCUUACCACAAUUAUUACCACUUUUGAAACAUUCUACAUAUUUUUUGCAUGAGACAACAGCCACUGACAAGGAACAUAUAAAAUGGCCAUAUUUUGUAUGUAAUUUUGCUAUAAAAAAACAAAUUCCUGAAGAAAUUUCUGCUGCUUAGAGGUGGCCAUUAUUG